GUGGAGGGUGCGGAUGUGAGUUGGAGACGCUGCCUGGGUCUCUCCUCCUCCUCCUGCUCAGUCCCACUCGGCGCUCCGCCUGUCUGCUCCAUUCCACCCCAGUCCGGCCAAAAUAAUAAAACCGAACAAAAAGAAAAGCCCCGUUCAUUCACCCGCUUGGGUGGGGAGCUGUUGAUAUCGUUGCCUUUUGGAGUCUGGGCUCGCCGUGCGUGAUGACGGGCUCUCAGCUGAUGGGACCGAGUCGUCCCUCAACCUUCACGGGCGCACACACACAGUAAAGUCAGCUGCCGGGUUCAAAACACCUCUCUUGCCGGAGAUGUCCGCUCAGGGCUUGUACCAAGGUGGAGGUGCUGCCGGAGGAGGAGGAGGAGGAGGUGGUGGUGGUGGAUGGUUAAACACGGUUCUCUUUUGCUCCUCGCCAUCGGCCAAGACCAUGUCCAAGAGAAAACUGCGCCAGACCAGGAGCCUGGACUCGGCGAUCAUCCGGGGCUACGGCACCGACAGCGAGCUGGCGGCGGACGAUUUCGAUACGCCCCGGAGUACCUGCCUGAGGUCCAAGUACGCGAGUGCCAGCAGCCCCCUAUCUCCUCGCAGCUCGGCCGAGAGCUUGGUCAGCACCCGCUCGCUGCGGUACAGGCAGUGCCCCCGCUCCCCGCUGGAGAAGUCUCUCUCCGCCAACUUCAGCUUCGACUACGAUCCCAGAGGAGGUGGAAAGAGAACCGCCACCUGGGACCUCUCGUUCCUACCCAGGAACCAGUCUCAAAUCCUGGCCAGCAACACUUUGUUCUCCCCGCGGAAGUGGCUGCAGAGGAAGUCACAUCAAGCUAACAGUCAGUCCUACAUAGUCUGGAGGUCAGAGGCUGACUUUACUUGGAACAGCAUGUCGGGCCGCAGUGUUCGAUUGAAGCCGGUCCCUAUCCAAAGUCUCUCUGAACUGGAGAGAGUACGGCUUCAGGAAGUGGCUUUUUAUCGGCUACAGCAGGACUAUGACUUGGGCUGCCAGGUUACAAUUCCGAAAGAUGGACAAAAGCGGAAGAAAUCCUUGCGACGGAAAUUAGACUCAUUGGGCAAGGAAAGGAACAAGGACAAAGAAUUCGCACCACAUGCUUUCGCUAUGCCAUUGUCUCAAGUGAUUGUCAAUGAUCGAGCCCAUAAGCAAAAACAGGAUGCUUUGAAAGAAGAGCAGAAAGACAAUUCAGACCUGGUGGCCUCAAUCUUGCCAUUUGGAACCAGAAGACAGAACAAAGAACUCUCAAGCAGCAAUUCAUCUCUCAGCUCCACCUCAGAAACUUUAAAUGAACCAACAUCGCCAAACACACCUGAGGCUGUUCCACGUGUGAGAAGACGGGGUGGAAUGUCUGUGGAUUCUAUCACUGACCUGGAUGAUGAUCAGUCUAGAUUAUUAGAAGCUUUGCAACUCUCGCUCCCAACAGAAGUGCCAAACAAGAAAGAAAAACAAAGAGACAAAAAGCUAAGCCUCAAUCCUAUUUAUCGCCAGGUGCCUCGAUUAGUGGACAGCUGCUGUCAACAUCUAGAAAAGUAUGGUCUUCAAACCGUAGGUAUAUUUAGAGUUGGAAGUUCAAAGAAAAGAGUAAGGCAGUUGCGCGAGGAAUUUGAUCGUGGUGCAGAUGUUGUUCUUGAUGAAGAGCACAGUGUUCAUGACGUUGGAGCUUUGCUGAAGGAAUUUUUGAGGGAUAUACCAGAUCCUCUGCUCACUAGAGAGCUCUACACUCCAUUCAUCAGUACACUUUCACUCGAACAGGACGAACAGCUAUGUGCCUUGCAGCUUCUCAUUUAUCUCCUGCCCCCAUGUAAUUGUGACACGCUCCACAGACUCAUGGAGUUUCUUGCCAUGGUAACAAAUCAUGCUGAAGACACCCUGGAUAAAGAUGGACAGGAGGUGACUGGAAACAAAAUGACUUCACUUAACCUUGCCACAAUCUUUGGCCCCAACCUCCUCCAUAAACAGAAGAGUUCAGACAAGGAAUUCAGUGUUCAAAGUUCAGCUCGGGCUGAGGAGAGUGCUGCCAUCAUCAACGUUGUUCAAAAGAUUAUUGAAAACUAUGAAAUACUCUUCAUGGUACCACCGGAGUUACAGAAUGAGGUACUGAUGAGCUUGCUGGAGACUGAUCCAGAUGUCGUUGACUACUUGCUGCGGAGGAAAGCUUCACAGUCGUUGAGCCCUGACCUGACGAGAGCAGAAGUCUCCUAUUCUUUGGGAGGACGACAUUCAUCUAUUGACUCUAACAAGAUCUCAAGUGGAGAAGUGUCACCCUAUGAUAAUAAUUCUCCAGUCCUCUCAGACAGGCUGUUGACACAGGACCCAGAAGAUCUUAGCACAGGUUCUGAGAAACUCUAUAAAGUUCCUGAACAGUAUGCUUUAGUUGGACACUUAAAAUCCAAAUCUGGGGAUAGCUCUCCGGUUUCAUGGCCUGAUAAAGCUAAAAAUGCACCUUCAGAAGAAAAUAUUAACAUUUGGGAAACUUGGCAUUCCACAUUGAAACAUGGGUCUAGAGAGGAAGGGAUAACAGGUUCAUAUGGAGAUAUUUAUCAAAGUAGUGUGUUACAGCAAAGACAGUGUUCUCUGUCACAGGGAAACCUCACGGCAGACUGGCCUGUCAUUCAGGCCUCUUCCACAUCUUCUCUGGACAAUGCAAAGCAGCCUGUGCGAAGAACUCAUACUGCAGAAGGUGUCCCUGAGUACAGAACCCACACUCCUGUGAGCCGUGUUUGCAGCAGCCCUCAAGUGCCAGGAGGUAAGAAACACGUGCAGUUGAGCCUGGAAUCCUUGUGCCUCAGCCAUGACCAGCGGUCCACAAGAAGUGCAGAAGAAAUUCCUCAGAAAACCUCAGAAACGUCUUUCUUGCACAAGAAACCGUGGCAGUUCCACUUUAGGCACGGUGACAUCAAUAGAAAUGAGACUCGGCCCCCUCCUCCAUACCCCGGCCCAUCAAGACAAAGCGCUCCGACUUCUAGUAAAGCUGGUACGCAUCAGGAGCAAGCUCUGUCAAGACUUCAAAAGACUCAGCAAAGUUCUGUGGAGCAACAGGCAGCAUCAUCCAAACAGUCAGCGCCCAAAUCUGAGCAACAGGACUGUGUUUCCUGUAACGAAGAGAAUCAAAGCUGGUCCAGGCAAACAGACCAUCAGAACAAUAAGAGCAAUUUAGCAGAGGCUGACUGGGUGGAAUGGCAGAGAGAAAGAUGGCAAAUCUGGGAGCUGCUUUCUGCAGACAAUGCAGAUUCACUACCAGAAACUCUAGUAUGAUAUUUUGAACUGCUCUCACAGUAGACUUUGUUUAGGUGUCAUUUUAAUUUUUUUAAAGAACCAAAUCAAAUUGUCCUAUCAUUUACACAAAACAUAUUUUUAUAUUUGUGCGAUAUUUUAACUUUCUUUUACUUUUCAGGGUGUAAAACAACACAGUCUUUAACAUUCUUGUACAAAGUCAGUGUGUCUGUCAGCACCUAAAGCCUAGCAUAGGACAAUACAUUUGAAUGUUGCUGUAUGCAUAAAAUAUACAUGAAAUAUACAUAUAUAUAUUUUAUAUAUAUAUAUAUAUAUAUCUAUCCUGUGUUGUAAUUUCCAUUUGAUUUUAUAUUUAUACAUAUGUUUGUUUUGGAAGCGAUUAUGUUCAGAACUGCAUUCAAAGAAAAAGAUCUAUUUUGGAUUGCUCAUACAUUAUUGCACUUAUCUUGUUGCUCUAAUGACUAAUUGUAGCCUCAGCAGCUCUGUGUACACCAACUGGUGUUUCUGUUAUUGUCUUAUGUGUACAUUACAAGAUCUUCUUGCCACUGGCUAAAUGAAAUAACCACUGCAGUAUCAAGGUUUUAACUACUGUCAAUGUUCUUUGUGGGCUAUCAUUAACUCUUCUUCAGCUACAUGUACUGCUCUAAAGUACCAACCCACACUCCCUUGAAUAAGUAACCUGCAUACUCUACUGCUAGUUACCAAUUGCAGUGAUGUUAUUCACAGGGUUUUUAAAAAAUAAUUCCCCUCCUUACCCUUUCUUAGAAUGUGAAAAAUAGGAUAGAGAUGGAAAGAGAAUACAGCAUCACAAUUUGCUACAUAGCAGUGACAGUGCAGCUAUCACCACAUUAAGUAAUUGCUUGAUUGAUCACCGGCCAGGUGGAAGUCAAAUAUUCUUGACUAGCAGGGACUGCUGUGUAAGCAGUAUAAAGAAUGGGAAAAUGACAGGUUACAUGUUUUGAAUGUAUUCAAAUGAGGGAUAUGCAUAAAGUGUAAGAUACGUUUUAAUUUUCAACAAUUGUGCCAAAGUUAUAAGUGACAAAUUCAUACAAUUCCAUUUAUUUUGUUUUCAGAGGAAAAUAACAUUUUAUAAAUUGAUGUUUUAAUUUGUUUGAACUCUGGGCUAGCAGUUGGCCACAACUGUGUUCACAUUUAAAAUUUUCUGCCAGUCAAGGCAAGUAUAUUACAUAGAAACAGUUGUGAUCUAACACAGUACGUUGUCUUAAGCUGGUAAAUAACAUAACCUUAAAUCUCAC